CGUAAAGCCAGGCGGCGCGGCUGCGCAUUAGGCCCGCGUCGCGCUAUCGUGGCUGAGCGAAGAUGGCGGCGGGGGAAGCAAAGUCCGUGCUCUUCGUGUGCCUGGGAAACAUAUGCCGCUCUCCAAUAGCUGAGGCAGUUUUUAGAAAACUUGUAACUGAUGAAAAACUUGAAAAUAAGUGGAGGAUAGACAGUGCAGCGACAUCUGCCUAUGAAAUAGGAAACCCUCCUGACUAUCGAGGACAGACUUGCAUGAAGAAGCAUGGCAUUACCAUGAAUCAUAUUGCCAGGCAGGUUACUAAAGAUGAUUUCCAGACCUUUGAUUAUAUACUUUGUAUGGAUGAAAGCAAUCUAAGAGAUCUGAAAAGGAAAAGCAACCAGGUUAAAGACUGCAAGGCCAAAAUUGAACUGCUUGGGUCAUAUGAUCCACAGAAACAACUUAUUAUUGAAGAUCCAUACUAUGGGAGUGAAAAGGACUUUGAAACUGUUUACGAGCAGUGUGUUAGAUGCUGUAAAGCGUUUUUGGAGAAGCCUCAUUAAUGUUUAAUAAUUCUGUUUCUAAUAGCAAAUAAUUAGCUUCUCCUGAAAUAUGUAAGCUUUCCUUGAUUGAUGUAUUUAAAUUGUAAAAUUGUGCUUCCUUAGAAGAUUCAGAACUUUUUCAGUUUUUUAAUGUAGUUUUUGUCAUCUCAUUGGAAAAACAGAUGUUGUAGAUCAACCAUUUUCUCACGUAUCAAUGUAAUAAUAAAAUACUUGUUGAGAAUAAAUUUAAUCUGUAAACUCU